CUUGAACAUUUUAUUACAGCAAAUAAAGGAAAAGCUGCCCCUUUCUUAUUUUCUGAGCUCAGAAAUAGACCUACCCGAGGAUCAUGCCGCAGAGCUCGGGAGCGUCCACCUCCCGGCGCAGCGGGAGCUGCAAGACGCGCCGCUACCGCACCCUGGCCCCCAGCUCCCAGAUAGACGAGAGCCUGUUCGGGGGCCCCAAACAACAAUCGCCACCAGACAACCUGAAGUCGGACCCCCGAGGAGGCAGAGGCCCCCCGUCCAGAGAGCAGGCCCGCUCCGCCCCGGUGCAAAGGACCAAGCGCCCCCAGACCCUCCGCAUCAUCACCAAGGACCUCAUCCGGGAGCUGAAGAUUCCCAGUGAAGAUCCUUCUGGAACAUCCAUCAUCCUGCCGCCGAUAGAGGUGUCGCGGCUAACCACGUCGUCCCGCGUGCUCAGCAAGCAGCAGAGAGAGGCAAUGGAGGAGUCCCUGCAGCAGAGGAAGGAGGCUCUCUUGGAUGCCGUUGAGGAGCGGAAGGCCCAGAUGCACCAGGCCAACAUGUCCCGCAGGAAGAACCAGGCUCUGAAUGACCUGGAGGAGGAGGCUCGGGACCGGGCCCAGUACUUGCUGGAGAAGGCCAACGCCAUGCGGAUGGAGCAGGAGGACGAGGUCAAGAGGCUCAAUGAGCUGAUCCUGGGGGCUCGGUGCCAUGCGGUGCGCGAGGGUCAGAUCCUGGAGAGGAAGCAGAUUAAGGCGGAGCUGGUGGAGGAGGAGAGGCACCUGGACGCCCUCAUGGAGCAGGGCCGCCUCAGGGCCAUCGAGACCCAGGAGCAGAUUGACAUGCUACGCAAGGAGCAGAGGAUCCGAGGGAAGCAGCAGAUCAUCCACCAGAUGGAGGAGCGUCGGGACGAGGAGCUGCUGCGGGGGGAGCUGAAGGAGCAGGAGGCCCAGCAGCUGCUGGAGGUCCUGGAGAAGUUACAGCUGGAGGACUUGGAGGCUCUGGAGAAGAAGAGGCAGCAGCAGAGCCUCCUGCAAGAAGAGAUUGAGCGUAUCAACACAGAGACCAUACAGGCCAAGGAGCAGAAGAAGGAGCAGGAGAAACUGGCCGGCCUGAAGGCCAUGGAGUACACAAAGCAGAAGAUGGAGCGGGAGGCAGAACACGAAGAGAAGCAGAUGCUGUUGAAGAAAGGGAAGGAGAAGGAGGUGGCCCGGCUGAGGGCCCUUCAGGAGAGGGACAGAGACCACAAGGCUGACCAGGACGAGCUGCGGGCGCGCCGGAACCGCGAGGCGACGGAGAGGGAGUGGCGCCGGAAGACGAAGGAGCUGGCGGAGAGGAAGGUGGUGGAGGACACCAAGCUGAAGAGGGCGCGCCUGGAGCAGGUGGGCCACAAGGAGCGGCUCCUCUCUGUUGAGGCGGGCCGCGAGAGGGCCGAGUUUGAGCGGGUGCUGAGGGCCCAGCAGGCGGCCAUUGCCAAGCAGGAGGCGGAGGAGCAGGGGCACCGGCAGAAGGCGCUGCAGCACGCCGACGGGGUGCGGCAGCAGGUGAGGGAGCGUGAGCUGCAGGCCGUGGCCCGGCGGCGCGAGGUGUACAAGGAGCGGGAGGAGCUGGACGAGGCGGGCCGCCAGAGACGCCUGCGCCUGGAUGAAAUCAAGGAGAGGAAGCUGAGGGAGCUCAAGGCGGCCGGCAUCCCAGAGAAAUACUGCAACCAAGUGGAGAGGAAGCUUCAUGCGUUGCCCCCUCUGGCUCAGUAGAGCUGGCAGCCGUUUGUGUGACCCCAUGACGAUAUAUACUCUCAUACCAGUUAUGUGAAGCACUUUGAGUCUACCUCGUGUAUGAAAAGUGCUAUAUAAAUAGAGUUGCCUUGCCUUCCCACACUGUGCAUUGUGUAUUUCCAUAGACAUAAAACUAGAACAGUUACGGAAACGUUUGGAAUAAAUUCGAAG